UAUCGAAUUUACUGAAAGUGCUCGUACGUUUUAUUCGUAAACAAAUCCCAAAAUAUAGAAAAAUUAUAAAUAAACCGUCUGAAAUUAAUUCGAAUCCAAAAUGGGUGAACGCAAAGGACAAAAUAAGUACUAUCCGCCGGACUAUGACCCGAAGAAGGGAGGUCUCAAUAAAUUCCAAGGCACCCAUGCGCUCCGGGAGCGUGCCCGGAAAAUCCAUCUGGGCAUCAUCAUAAUCCGUUUUGAAAUGCCAUAUAACAUUUGGUGCGACGGGUGCAAGAAUCACAUUGGCAUGGGGGUGCGUUAUAAUGCGGAAAAAACCAAAGUGGGCAUGUACUACUCCACGCCAAUAUAUAAGUUUCGUAUGAAAUGCCACUUGUGCGAUAAUCACUUCGAAAUACAAACGGACCCUGGGAAUUUGGAUUAUUUGAUACUAUCGGGUGCACGUCGACAAGAAAACCGCUGGGAUCCACAUCAAAAUGAACAGGUUGUACCCGAGACGAAAGAGACGCAAAGGCGAUUGUUCGAUGAUGCUAUGUACAAGCUGGAACAUCAGGCGAAAGAUGUAAAAGCUGGAGAAGAUGCCAAACCUGUGUUGGAGCGUUUGGUGGAUCGUAAUAAAACUGUUUGGGAUGACAACUAUGAAGCAAAUUGUCGCUUAAGAGCUGAAUUUCGAGUAAAGAAAAAAGAACUUAAAGCGCAAAAAGAGCUAGACGAUCAAAUACUUGCAAGGAAUAGCCUCGAUAUAGCGCUUCUUCCUGAAUGUGGACAGGACAAGCAAAUGGCUGAGUUGAUGAUGCUGCAAAGCAGGUCGGCACAAGAAAGGGAAGCUGAAAAACGUUUAGACAUUCUAAUGAAACCAGCAUUACCAGGUGCCACAAAAACGACAUUCGGUGGACUGAAGAGGCAAAAAAUACUGAAUACACAUUUACAAUUUGACGAUUUAGGUAUUAAAAAGAAAAAAGAAACAUGUCCAGUUAUGGACACCCCUAGCGAACCGGCAGGUGACAGUACUAAAAGCAAAAUUUCUGAUGUGCAGAAUCAUAACGGUAUCGAGGUUUUGGUACCUCCAGUUAUAGAUAAAACGAACUCCGUUAUACGCGAAGCUACGCUUGUAGAUCUCCCAAAAAGUUUGGCUUUGGUCUGUGAUUAUAAUAGUUUUAGUGAUACGGAUAAUAGUAAUUAAAUUCAUUAUAUUGACAGCAAUUAAUCAUAUUAAAGUUGUAAAAUCUGUAUAACAUUUCAAUACAUAAAAACAAAAUUAAAUAAAAUAAGUACAAGUCGUAUUAAAAAUAACAGUAUACAAA